CAGUUUAUAUAAACUUGGACUUCAACCAGCGCUCACUACAACUUUAAGAAAUAAGUUACUUGCGUUUUUGUUUUUUCUUUGCUCCAGGAAAUCACAUGGAGGUGCUCUCGCGCUCACAUGACACGGGGAGCCAUGGCAGGGGAGAUCAAUGAAGGCUCUGUUCCUGCCUACUACAGGGAGGUGUAUGAGGCCAUCCGCUGCAGGACGGACGAGAGGGUUCAGGUCGAAGUUUUCCAGCGGCUGCUCCAGAGGACCGAACUCUCCAGGGCUGUUUUAGGCCAAAUUGCAGAGCAUGUGGACUCCUCGGACGGAUCCCUGAGCAAGCUGUCCCUCUAUAAAGCGCUCGCGUUGAUUGCGCUCGCUCAGCAAGGGAAGCAGCCAAGCCCCAAACUCUUGGAAAACUGCAUACAAGAGUUACCAAAACCUCAGCUCGGGGAGCCGAAGGACCUGAGCGCCCUGAGGAUGCAGCCAGCUCAGGAGGACGUGCUGAUGAUGUCCCACACGCUGGACAAGCUGCUGGUCAGAGACACGGUGCAGGUGGAGCUCAUACCAGAGAAGAAGGGCCUGUUCCUCAAACACGUGGAGUACCAGGUCACCAGCAAGCGUUAUAAAAUAUCCGUUUACCGACGCUAUAGUGAUUUUGACGUCUUCCACGAGGUUCUGAUUCAGAGAUUUCCGUACAGAGUGGUGCCAGCGCUGCCACCUAAAAGGAUGUUAAAGGGAGUGCUGACCUCCGUCUCUGAGCGGGAGUUCAUCGAGGGGAGGAGACGCGCUCUCGGCAGAUUCAUCAACUUGGUGGCUCGGCAUCCUGUCUUCUCAGAGGAUGAGCGGGUCAAGACCUUCCUCACCUUCAGUGGCUCUGAUGUUCAGACAAAGCUGCGCGAUGCCUACAAGAGAACGGGUGAUGAGUUCAUGACCAAUAAAGUUGCGACCCUGGCAAAGGAAUAUCUUCCCGCUGACAUCCAGGCUCAGUUCUCAACAAGCAGGGAGCUGAUUAGAAAUAUCCACAACAGCUUCCACAAGCUGCGGGACAGAGCUGAGAAAAUGGCAGAGCGCUCAAAGGAGAACGCCACUGAUCUACUCAUGUUUGGCAGAGAACUCAGCACACUGGGCUCAGACGCUUCGCCUCUUCCCUCCUUGGCCUCCUCAAAGAGCACGUGGGGGACGCUGCGUCAGGCACUGAAGAGUCUCUCCGUGGAGUUCGCUGUUCUGUCUGACAAAGCUGCUCAGCAGGGCAGCCGGGAAGAGGAUGAUGUUGUGGAAAAACUGAAUCUUUUCCUGGAUUUGCUGCAGUCAUACAGAGAUCUCUGUGAGCGCCAUGAGAAAGGUGUGCUCCACGAGCACCAGAGGGCUCUGCACAAGUACGGCAUGAUGAAGAGGCAGAUGAUGAGCGCCACCGUUCAGCCUAAGGAGCAGGCGUCGGUGGAGCAGCUGGAAUCACGGAUCAUUCAGCAAGAAAACGCCAUUCAGACCAUGGAGCUGCGCAACUACUUCUCUCUGUUCUGCCUUCAUCAAGAGACGCAGCUUAUCUUCACCUACCUUCCCAUCACGUCCCACAUUCUCGGGGCUUUUGUUAACUCCCAGGUCCAAGGACACAGAGAGAUGGGAGAGGUGUGGAAUGAACUCCAGCCGAAGCUCGGAUGUCUCUUUGGUGCUAAUAACGGAUUGAAAAGCUCCAGCUGAGCCCUGAGCGAGCUGCGAAAGACAAACACUGCUGCUGAUGAGGACGAGAAACUGGAGAAUAACUCGCUCUGUGAGCUAAAGCAAACACGAGUCAUGCACAGCUGUAUUUCCUCCUCACUAAAUCCUCUAUAACACAGUAUACAUUCCAUUCAGUGAGGGGAAAUCUCAAACAUAUCACCUUUAACUCGACAGUGCUACUCACUUUUCUUUUGUGCCUGAUGCGGAUACGUUGUCUAUGUCAAAAUCGACUUCUACAACUAAAUCCAACAAUGUGUUAUUAUAAAACUCCUGAUAAAGCACCUAUAAAGAUGUUAUACACUCAGAGGGUUGAGAAACAUUUAGGGACAGAAAGUUGUUCUUUAUUAAAUGAUGGGAUUAUUUUCAAUCUCUCUUCAUGAAGUUCCUGGUUUUACUUACUUAACAACUUUGGACCGAUGUGUUUUCGAGACUGUUUAGUUUAUCGGGAUGUUUACCGGCAUACUUUAUAUUUUUAUGAACAAGUGUGCCAUUUCUUAAUGUUUACUUACAUGUGGUCUUGACUUUCUUUGCUUUAACUGUUUGUAAAACUCACUUUUGAUUUCAUAAGCUAUUUUUUUCUUUUUAAAGCCUGAACUCAAUUAUAGGAUAUUACAAAGGGCAGGGAUUUAAGUUUCAUUGAUCAAAACUAUGACACUAGUGGCAGCGUUAUGUGAGUAAUUACACUAUAAAGAAACAAAUUUACUACAAAGAUAAAUGUUAUGAAUUUACUUAAAAUACGCAUCUGUGAAAUAAAUCAUGAAGCUGAUUUCUUACACAGGACCAAUUCAAAACUUCCAUAAUUAACCACUGAAUCGUUAAUAAAUGUUUGGUCCAUAAACGAGGACUGUUGGUCACAGUUGCAGAUACAUUUUUUAAUGCGAUUGAGGAAAAGCACAAUCUGGAUAUUGAGUGUGUCUGCACUGUUUAUUGGAACAUUAUAUAUUUACAAAGAAAUAAAAAAAGAAAUCUAAAGUCAAAGGGACAUUUUUGACGUUAA